CAACAUGUCGACAAGGGGCACGUCCAUGAUCUCCUGGGUGGAAUGUCCCGGAAAUCCAUUCCCGAUAAAUCCCAAGUUAUUGAAGAGGAAAUGGAGCCCACUCGCUGAGGGGUGCUCCAGAGGAAGUAACUACGAUGACAACAAUGGCCAUCUUCCUUCAGGGAAGUCACAGCCCCUCGCCAGGCUCCCUGACUUUCCCGGGACCUCCUCCCAGCCUCCACGCUUUCCCCUGACAUCCGAGAGGCUCGGCUCGACUCGACUUGGUUUAUCCCGCUCCGGCCCGGAGACCCAAGCGGAUUACGCCAGGAAAGGACGCCGCCCCUCUCCUCUUUUGGAACUUUUUUUCGGAGCUCUUGGAUAUGCGCCGCUGGUUGCUUUAGGAGCGUUUGCCAUGGAUCACACACUUUUCGGCUGCCUGCGGAGCCCCCACGCCCCGGCUCAGGGUCUACACCCGGCCGCCUUCGCCCCGUCCCCGCUCACCCUGCACGGACGCUCGGACCACGUCUCCUACCCCGACCUGGCCUCCUCUUCGUCCUCGUCCUCCACGUCCUCGCCGUCCACCUGCAUCAUCUCCAGCUACGCCCCCGAAGACGGGCUGUACCACCCUCACCACCAUCCGCAGCAACACCCGCACCACCCGCACCACCACCGCGGCCACCACUCGGCCCCGCAGAGUCAGCACCACACGCCCGCCGCCUGGCACAUCCCGCAGAUGUCUCCUGGGGGCGGGGGCGCAAGGGCCAGCCUUUGCCACCCGCACUCCCACCUGUCCCACGAUGGGGGGCCCACGUCCCAGGACUUGGCUCACGCCGGCGGGCCUGCGAUGGGUGCCACUACGCCCGGCCUGGGUGGCAGCAGCACCCCCACUGGGGCCGCCUCAGAGUUUGGCAGGCCCACGCUGUCACCUGCAGAGGCGGAAAAGAGGAACGGAAAGAGGAAAAGUGACAGCUCAGAAUCACAGGAUGGCAGUCUGAAGUGCGAGCUGAGCGGCAAACCGCGCAAGGAGAGGACGGCCUUCACCAAGGAGCAGAUCCGAGAGCUGGAGGCCGAGUUCGCUCACCACAACUACCUGACCCGACUACGACGCUACGAGAUCGCCGUCAACCUCGACCUCACCGAGAGACAAGUGAAGGUGUGGUUCCAGAACCGACGGAUGAAGUGGAAGCGUGUGAAGGGCGGCCAGCAGGGGGCGGCGGCGAGAGAAAAAGAACUGGUCAACGUGAAAAAAGGAACGCUGUUACCUUCUGACUUCUCCGGCAUGGCGGCGUUACGCCACUCCACGGACUCGUUGGCCAAUGACGACAGUCACGACAGCGACCAGAGUGACGAACACCCUCUGUUAUGAUUAAAGCCACAUCAUUAAAUGAUGACAAACAACGAGCACAGUGAACCCCCCCGUUUAUCGCAGAGGUGUAUGUUCCAACCGUGAAGAGUAAAAACCAACAAUAUCGGCGAGAAGAUAAAAUAAACUUUUUUCAAACUAGUUUUACUUCCAGUAUUCCUUAGCGCCUGUUCUCACAUACGGUAAAGAGCACUUUUACGAAGACUCUCGCUCUUGCAGACUUUUCUAAAUAAGACAAAAAGCGGGCAUGCUUUUUGAACACCAAAAUGUUCAAUAAAACCGUAUCAUUGUCAAAGUUCACUGGAUUUUAAUAGACGGGUUGAUAGACGUUAGCAUAUUUGACAGUAAUUAUAAACCUUCAAACAACUGCUACUUUUACACACACGGAACAGCUACACAUGCAAACAGAGAACAUAAUAAAAGAGGAUUAAACAUCGGAUGUUUAAAAAUUAAAUGUUCAACCAAACAGUGUCAUUUUGUCUAGUGAGAGCCUUCUAGCUUCACAUUAAAGCAUAAUGGGAAUAGCCAGUGCUGGGCUAACAUUCGCGAGCAUAGCUGUUAGCGUAAUUAUUAACUUUCAAACAACUGCUACUUUUAACACACACUGAUCAGCAAUACAGACAGCGAACAGAACAAAACCCAAACUAUCUCAUUUCACCUGAAGUAACCUCAUGCUAACACAUGUGAA